AUGCCGGACGAGCGGAGCCCUUUGAAGGGCCGUGGCAGACAGUUGGCACGUGCGGGCGCGGAGCCUGAACCACCUGAACCAACACCGCCAGUGGAUGAAAACGUCACCCAGGCAGAGAAAGAUGCGCACAUCAGGCCCCGGACUUGCACUGAUGUGCUCUGCGUCGCCCUGUGGGUUGCAAGCCUGUAUGGUCUUUACGUGACCCUGAUUUAUGCCUGGGAGAAUGGGGACACCAGACGCCUCUACCAUGGCCUGAACUGGGAAAAUCAGCUCUGCGGUGUCGACGCCGAAGUUAGCGCCAAGCCGUACCUGUACUGGUGCACGAAGCCCAGCGACAAUGCGCUAAGCCAGGGUGAUCUGUCGGCAGCCAACCUGCCGAGCUCUAUAACGGAUGCGGCUGGUCAUCUUAUACCCUUGGCCAAUGCCAUUCUGAGCCCUAGCGAGACGAUGGAUUUGCUGCAUCCGAUUUGUCUCGCAUCUUGCCCGCAGGACCGCAGCACAUUCCAUCCUUGUCUGCAGAACGUGGAGACGCAGCAGCAGGCCCCGAGGAACUUCGAUGGUAGCUUUUGGGUGAACAACACCUACAUCUCCCAUCUUGUUCAGGACAUAGAGACAACGCUCUUUGCAAAGCGCUUCUGCUUGCCGAAGGAGAACUUUCUGGUCGAGCAGCUCAACGAGACGCUGAGUGGCUCGAUGAAUGCAGUGAUGUACAAGACGCAGGAAAUCGUGAGCGCUCGCCGCGUCUACAUCCUGGUAGGAGGAUUGGCUAUCCUGAUGUGCUACUUAUACCUCUUUGCCAUUGAUCUCCUUGCAGCGCCCAUCAUCUACGGCAUGCUACUCAUCGCCACAGCUGGAUCGUUCUUGACUUCGCUGUACUUCUUUUACGCAGCCUUGCGCAUCGAACUAGGACAGGCCCUGUCGGUGAGCGAGGAGGCUCUGCCUCUAGUAGAAAGCACGAAUGAUCGUAACUGGGACCUGGUCGUUGGCGGAGUAAGUCUUCUUAUCGGCAUCGCGGCAACUUGCUUUUGGUGCUGCAAAAAGAACUCCAUCACCUUCGUGAUUGCUGCAGUCAAAGCGACUAUUCGGAUACUUUAUGACGUUCCUCAGCUUAUCCUGCUGCCUGCGGCCGGUGCUGUCGUUCGUGGUGUUAUCUUCAUCAUCUUCUUGUGGGGGGGUGCGCUGCUUGUCUCUGCUGGAGAAGUUGAACAAGUGGAUCUCACUCAGUAUGUGCCCAAGGGCAUCGCCCGAACAUUCUCUCACACUCAGGACGAGACGCUUUACAUUGUCUACUACUGCUUUUCUGUUUUUUGGAUGUGGGAGCUGCUGCUUGCCUUGGAGACCUUUGUGGCUUCCUACACGGUGGUCAUCUGGUACAACGCCCCACUGGCAAAUGGAAAGAAGCGGGUGCCCUGCUUCCCUGUUGUGCGAGCCUUCUUUGUGGGGCUGACCUACCAUCUCGGGAGUUUGCUUUUCGGAGCUAUCAUCCUGGCAAUCUUUCGCGGUGCUUACAUGAUCGUGUCCUUGCUCGAAUCGCAGGUCCGUGGCAAGGGAGACGAUGAGAACGAUGUUGCGAAGACAUCUGCCGCCUGCUGCUGCUGUUGUUUGCAGUGCGUGGAGCAGAUCCUGCGCUACCUCAACAAAGGAGCCUAUGUACUGAUUGCCGUGAACUCCGACAACUACUGUUCGGCUGCAGACAGGGCCUUGCGUCUCAUGUCCUCCAACAUCUUUGAGCUCGGCUUGCUGCAGGGCGCCACGGUCUUGUUCCAGGUACUUGGGAAUGUGGUGAUUCCUGGACUCGGGGGAUACCUCACGUACCUAAUCGUGCGGCAUUUGGAGUGGUUCAAUGAUCCUGCUUCAGACCACUUCGUGGCACAGCCGGACCUGGUGGCAGUCGUGGGUGCCCUCAUCUGCUUGGCAGUCUCGCUGGCAUUCAUGUCCGUCUUUGACACUGUUUCUGAUGCCAUGAUCUAUGCAUACAUCACAGAUGAGGAAUGGAGGCAAGAGAAUCGUCUGCCUCCAAAUCCGAACAUUCCACCGAACUUGAAGAAGCUUCUCCCGGAGUCCCAGCAGACCGAUGACGAGUAG